AGAGAUUUAAAUAUACUUGGGCGGGAGCCGACAUGAAGCUGUCUCUUGUGUGUUUUCUAACUGGACAGUUUAAUGAGUGCCACCUCUAAUACCCACAAACCAAUAACACAACAGUUACAACAAGUCUUAGUAAUAUAGGUAUAUAACCCAAGGGGCCUGUUCUAAUUUAAAAAAGAUGUGAAAUACUAUGGCUGCUGUUUCUAAUGGUACUGAUAUUAAGAUAUAAUGAACUCUGUACAGUAAUACUUUUACGUACGUUAGCCUAAUUGUGGGCAACUUCUUGUAACUUCAUUUUUCUGCUCACCCAGUACGUUCUGCUGUACGAGUUUCAAAUGGAAGCUUAAACAUUUCAACGAUAUGUUGCAAAGAAAAAGAAUUAUGUGUUUAUAUGAUUCAACGUAGAAGAUAAUUGCGAUCGAAGCACUUGAUCGACAAUCUUGUAUAGACGGGAGACAAAAGUAUCUAUUAUAUAAAUACUCAUCCUUAGAUCUUUUCUUAAAUGGUGAACAAAUUAUAUUUAUGGUGUAAAAGCAGCGAAUUCACGAUGUACAGGUUUUAAAAUGUGCAUUAAUGGCAACACAUAUAAUAUAUACUUACUUUACCAGUACACGAGUUCAUGAAAUCGCAUGUCUAUAUAUACGUGGUCUUAAGGUAUGUGCAUGCAUGAGUUUUCGUGCAAUUGCAAGUCCUGUAUGUACAUUUAAAACUAUCAAAUUAUAAGUAUAUAAAAAGGUAUACGUACACCAUAUAUAGUAUACCACCACCACAAACUCCAGAACAUCCUUCCGCACAAAAUGCAAUGUACUAAACAUAGACUUUAGUUAGGGGCAACAUAUGUACUAAUGAACAACAUUUAAAACACGAAAGAAGAUUCAAUCAUUCAGAAUGUUAAAGUAUUCCACAAACAGCCAGCCAGCCAGGGCUGUGACUAACAAGUGGGGAAGGUGCGAAUUAUCGACAAAACCGAAGCCUCAGCUCAGAAAGAUUCCGAAAAUACCCAAGCCUUGUCACGAUUUCGUUCAGAACACACGCACCCAGCCCGAUAAUCGACGGAUACAAUUAAACCACAGUUCAGAUAACGUGUAAAUGGAUGCUCCUAUAGUCUCCUGCGUGCUCCAAUGCCUGAAAGUACAUUGGGUCAGGCGGUAAAGCCAGUGCACUGACAGCUGUAACCAACUGAUGCAGUAUGCACAAGUUGAUUGACGUGUGCAUCUGUUACGUCUUGUUUCAUCGAGGGCAGAAAAGGUGCACUCUCUAAAUUGAUGUGAAGAAACCAAAAGAGAUUGGGUCAAGCACGCACACAGUUUUCCAGUCGCUGGGUCACGCACGAAUGAACGAAGCAGCGCGAAAGAAACCACGGACCAUUGGACGAGUAGACUGCAUGGUCUGUUCGUCUUCGUGCUUCACAUAACACGACUUUCACAUAGACCAAUGUAAACACAGGUUUUAAUUAGGAGGAAUUAACACUUCAACAACCGUGAACAAAAUAUGGAGGAAUUAGAGGUUGGUGACAAUGUUACACCACUACAAAGUACUGCAGCAGUCCAGACUAUUAAAAUUGCAGCAAGUGAAAAUGGAAUCUUGAAGGAAGAAGAAGUACUGGUUAAAGGCAAAGCACGCAAAUUGGUAAUGUGUGAAAGUGGACUACAACUUGUUUGUCAUGAAAACAAAUCAGGCCCAAACAUAGAAAAUCCUGUCUUUAGUAUUGCCUGGGUGGAUAUUGUCUGUGCUUGUGAGACCUCAUCAGGGAAAUCUAAAGCUGUGGAUAAAAAUACAGACACACCUUCACAAAACAGCUAUACAGUGCAGCAGGCUGGUAGAAAGUUUUCCAUCCAUUACAUCACUAGAAAAGCAGGGAGCAAGAAGCUGUCAUGCACAAACAUGGUCAUGGAGGUUAAAAAUGGCACAGUAGGUGAUUGGAUUCAGCAGAUCGAAGAAAGAAGAAAACAUGGGAAGCCAAAGAAAUUGCUGGUGCUAAUCAACCCCAUUGGUGGGAGUGGCUCUGGCAGGCAGACAUUUGAGAAAUUAGUUCGACCUUUAUUUGAUCUUGCUGGUUUGGAACUGGUGGUCAGAGUGACAGAAAGGGCAAAACAUGGAGAAGAAAUUGGAAACACGUUUGAUUUUUCUUCUGUGGAUGGAGUAGUAACUGUAGGUGGGGACGGAAUGUAUAUGGAGGUUUUGCAUGGCAUGGUGCUAAGGAAGCAACAGGAAAAUGGAAUUGACUUUAAUAAUCCUGACGCCAGUCUCAUUCCUCCAGACAUCUGCUUUGGCAUAAUCCCAGCAGGCACAGGUAACGCACUUACUGGGUGGUGGAAUGGUGUUCUGGAUGCUAAAACUGCUGCUCUCAACAUCAUCAGAGGUGAAUCACACCUGGUCAACAUGAAUGCAAUUUUUGAACCUGGUAAACUGAUCCACUACAGUGGUUUACAUUUGGGAUAUGGCUUUUUUUCUGAGAUCAUUAAGAAAUCAGAAGAUAGGCGAUGGAUGAAAAAAGCUAGAUAUCCAUAUGCCUUCUUGACAUCAACGUUUGGAAAAAAGCAAGUUUAUGACAUAGACAUGGAAGUACUUGUGAACUCAGACACACAGGAAGUGAACAAGGAAAUCAAUAAUGCUGCCUCUCCAUCUUCAGUCUUCAAUUGGAAGAAGCUUGGAGUAAAGCACACAACUGGCCUACUCGCUUUUGUUUUGGAAGUUGUCCCUAAAGAAAUGUCAGACAAAUGUCAGAUGAAUUUCUUGAGUGACAAGGCUUCUCUUGUCCUUUUUAAUCUUGCUGGUGGAGUAGAUAUUCUGAAGUUCAUGGUUUCUUUUGCUACACAGAAUAAAGAAAUGAUUGAAAAGAGGUAUAUUGAGCAUUAUCAGGUGAAAGGAAUCCGUUUAAAGCUGGUCAACAAUGAUCAAGCAAACAGCGCAAGUACACAAGAACACGGAUUUGAAAAAAUUCUGAACAUUGAUGGAGAAGUUAUUCCAUGUUCAGUUCCUCAGAUUGAAGUCAGGCUCCAUAACCAGUUUCUUCGAGCAUUUAGUGUUCUUCCAAAAUAAAUGAUAAGAUCAAAUAAUAAAUAAUAAGAGUUGUCUUCUAAAUGCACAUUUUCAGGGUCACAGUCUGCAGGAACAUAAUAUGCCUUAUCACUACAGUUCUUUACAUUUACAGUAAUUCUUGUACAUUGUUGGAAUCAUUACUACCAUUAUUCACUUACCUAAAUGGUUGUAGGUGUUUAUACAAUGGAAGGCCAUAUUCUUUCCGUUGAUUUAGUCUCAAGUAUAUGCUGCUGUGGUGGUCAUAGCGUAUCAGUUAAGAACAUUUUUUAUUAUUCUCAAUUUGGAGAUUGACACAUGGAAAACCAAAUUAUCCUAACGCCAAAAGUCAAAUCGACCUAUACCCAGAAGAUGAACCUAUGACACAAAUUCAAGUCAAAUUUUGCCAACAGAUCCAUGAGGUGUUCAAGCACUGUACAUAAACAAGACACAAAAUCAACACAUGAUUCUCACUGUUGUGAUGACGGAUGCCUUAGCUACUGCACAACCAACCGCCUGCAUUCUUUCUUAAAUGUCUGACUAAUCCAAUGAUUGUCCAUGUUGUUAUGUAAUUAGCCAUGAUGUAUUAAUUAUGCAACUAAUUGGUCCAUUUAAUUGCAAUCAAAGACCCACAUUGCUUUCAUUAACAUUUAGUGACCAAAGAUUGCAUGAGCACUAUAUUUGCGAUGUUGGCCCAUGGUGGUAAUUUAUUUAUACAGCAUAUUUUUACUUCAGCAGAACUGAUGUCAAAGUUUACAUGUAUUUUGGAAUUGAAAGAGUACUUAGAUGGUUCUAAAACUGAUUUAUUAACAUAUUGUUGUUAACCAUUGUUUUUAACAAUUGUCUGAUAUAUAUAUAUCUUUUGGUAUUGUCUUAUAGUUUUGAUUAUUUUCACUUCAUUUUGUUCAGCAUUUCUAAAAUAUUUAGGAACUAUUAAUGCUGGCUCUUAUUCUAUUGAAAAAAGCCAGCCAAAGGGAGUACUGCUUUGUUUGAUAGAGAACAGACAAGUAGGUAUUGCUAUGUGUAGAGAAGUGACAUCAAAAUUUUUGCAAUGCUAGCUGUUAGCUUGUCACAAUAAUCAAAUUACCAUGGCAACUUCUGA